AUGACAGCACGUCAAGCCUUUCGUUUUUGUUUUCAAACACCACCUGUUUUUAAAGACUUGUUUAAUUCAACCUUGGUUACUCCAUUUUUCCUUAAAAGAGUUAAUUUGCUCAAAAACAACCAUCUCGUCGAUAAAAAUAGUGUUAUCCGUUAUUUUACGACCACCUCAACGAAAAAAGCUGAAAAUUCUGACGAUUCGAAUGAUAGCAAUAAAAUCAGUUCUAAAGCAAGUUCCUUGGUACAGAGUUUCCUUCAUGGCUCGCAAGCCAUCCGUGAGGAAGAAAAACAAACCCACUCCAAGCUAAUAGCGCGCGGAAAAUAUGUUCACGAAUUGCAAAAACACAAGAUAAAACCUGAAUGCGUUGAGGAUUAUAUUAAACUUGUUUCCGAGCAUUAUCCACGCAUUGCAAACGAUCCGGAAAAUUCGGUCCAUUUAUGUGGCAGUUGGCAAACAGAGAUUGGAAAUCUUGAUACUUUCGUCCAUAUCUGGGAGUACCAAGGGUACAUUGGUUAUGAUGAGACUCGCAACCGACUUAAGAAGGACCACCUUUAUCAGAAAUUUAUUAAAGAAUUACGCCCUAUGCUUCAAAGUCGGUAUAAUCAAGUUUGUCUUGAAUUUGCUUUCUGGAAAACAAGUCCACCAGCUGUUAAUGGAGGAAUUUAUGAAUUGAGAACUUAUGAACUCAAGCCCGGUAAUUUAUUGGAAUGGGAAACUCAUUGGGUUCGUGGACUUGAGUGUCGUAAACAAUUUUGUGAACCUGUCGGCGCAUGGUUUUGUCAAUUGGGAGCCUUAAACUUUGUACAUCACAUGUGGCAAUAUCCUGACCUUGAAAAUCGUAAAAUAACUCGAGAACAAGCGUGGCAGGUGGAUGGAUGGGCCGAAACCGUCUAUAAAACGGUACGGUUGGUCCGUAAAAUGGAAACGAACAUUUUAACUCCUCUUUCAUUUAGUCCACUUAGAUAA